CAUUUUCAGAGCAGCGAUGGAUAUAUUUGUUAAAUUCAAGCUACUGCUGUCUAUUCUUUAUCGAUAUAUAACGAAAUGCAACUUCCCUUUAAAUAACUGAAUCAACAUUCGGAGAUAAACCAGCGUAUAAUUUGCAUCGAAAGGCGUCGUUUCAAUAUGCCAGCCUGCAACCUCUAGCGACGACAAACGGUACUGCAUGCUGGACGCAAGAUGGACGCAAACUUCUAACUUUCUGUUUCUUUUUCGUUUUGCUUUUGCUCGCGCGAGCUACUCUCUUCUAGGUAGCGCGCCGUCUCUCGAGUAGACAGCGCGCGCUGUCGAAUGAAUUCGAAUCCCGGCCAGAAUUCGAAUUCCGUUAAGACCUCCAGUACGAACUGCUGGCAGCCGUUCAUUUCCACAGCCCAACCUUUGCUGUCUUUAUGUGGAUUCGCUUCCUGGUUGCAACAUACAGUCACAUAGUACAAUUCAAGUCCUUCAAAACGCAGUUCAGCUUUAGAGACCAAUCGUCAAGCAUAAUAAUUGUCCUUGCAGCUCCAUGACUAUUUUACGGUAAAGGCGGCAUCUUUUUAUUCGUUUAAGUGGAAUGUCGUGAGCCGUCGAAGAUCAAAAUUAUCUAAUAUCUCGAGUGCAAAGCGAAAUCCUGGGAUCUAUGCCUCGUCUUCAUGGAGAAUGAGACUACUCGAUCAACAGAAGGUGACUGGGGUCUUCUGGAGCUUGUCCAUCCAGGCUCAGCGACCUUUAAUGAGAGUAUUCUAGCUCCACUUCGUAACAACUAUUUGUAUGAGGAAUCAAAAGAAUGUUUCACGUAUAACGCUGCCCAUUUGAUCCACAAUGGCGCUUUACAAAAACGGUAUGCUGCCUUUCGUUCUGAAAAACGGGAAAAAGGAUAUUCUGAACAGGAACUUGAAGAGUCAUAUGGCUUCCUGUUGCUUGAUGAUGCAAACAGGGCAAGGAAAAUUGGCGAAACAGGCUUGUUAGUUGGACAAGCAAAAUGCACUACUCUUGGAGACUCCUUGAAAGGUGUCUAUAUCUCAAAAUACUCAGACUGUCUUGAUCUGAAGCGCUGGUAUGAUGGCAAGACUGGCUACAUAGUCCUUUUGAAGCUGUCCAAGGGGAGAGUGAAAGAGGUUACGGACAACUACACCCAGAAUUUCACUCCUCCGACAGCUGGCUACGACUGCCACAUAUCAGAUCAGCUUUGUGCUGUGUCUUCAACUACUAGUUCUUUCUUGGCCUAUGAGCGAACACAGUACUACAUGUAUGAACUCCGUGGUGGAAGCAAUGACAUAGAAACAUGUCCAAGACACGCUUGUCCAUUUGCCAUUGUGGCAUUCUCAUAUGGAAAGAUGAGCACCAUGCCAGAGUUGGAGCAAAAAAGCCAAGACAAAACAGUGUUUCAUUACCAACCGUGGAUUGGCCAAUUCAAGAUUGAAUCUGCUGUCUAUGAUGUUGGUCUUCAGUCUUCGAGUGGAGCCUGGUUUCCAGCAAAGCUCCCAAAGACGGUCCAAAUUGAUCGUGCAAUUGGUGUGUCUGAACUGAAGAGGACUCUGCCACGUGAAAUCUUUGAAACUUGCAUUGUUGGUGAAGUUUGCAUAGAUGGCAGAUGUUUCAACUUGUAUGACAUUGUCUCCUCUAAGGCGAAAAAUGACCUGGCUCAGAUAGCCCAAGAGCUGAAGGAAAAAGACAUGGCUCUUGUUAUCCCACUGGAAGAUUCUGGGUUCCUUAUACUGUUACACUCUUCUCACCUUUUCUCUUAUGAAGAUGCAAAGUCGGGUAAGGCAGCAGCACUUCAAGGCAUGUUUAUUUUUCCAGACUCAAGAACUGUGCCAAGAGAUGCCAAGUCUGACCUGCAAAAUUCUAAGGUAUCAACAGAAAUAAUGCAAGUUAUCCCAGCACUCAACUAUGCAGAAGUGGAGAUGGAAAAAUGUUCUCCAAACCAGCAGGGGCGCUCUCAGAUGUCUUUAGAGAAGCAUUUGCAAGACUAUGGAACUCUUUUUCACCCAGGGCUAUUGGACGUUCCCACCAGGGAAGCCAGUAUGUUUCCAGAUCAAUUUGAUGUGCCUGGUGGUUUUACCCUAAUAUCGCCUAAAUGGUCACUGGAGGCUGGUACUCAAUUAAAAUCCUAUUUUGAUGAGCCUUGUGGCUUUACAAUUCCAGUAGGGAGGGCGUUAGAGUUACUCACUGCUGGUCGACAACAGCGUGGUGAUGAUCAUGAUGAUGAUGUCUAUUAUUAUAUAUCAUCACCUGAGGAUGUGCCACAGACUGAGGCCCCUGUUGAAAUGGAGGUGACAAAGCAAUCUGAGGCCAUUAGUGAUGCCUCUGACAGGACAGCUAAAACAGUUGAGAAACAAAAAUAUGGGCUUGGAAAGCUGGGAACAGCUGUAGUUACAGUAGCUGACAGUGUGUUGGAAUAUCCAACUUCCACAGUGUCACCCAAAUUGGGUGAUGUCCCUGCAGAGAAUUUUGUAAUUAUUGAGAAUCAUGUUGGGAAAAAAUCUCAAGGUAGUUCUAAAGGAGAUGCUGAUGAAGUCGGUGUAGAUUUAUCAAAAGAGACCAUCCAAACUAGUAAUACACCAUUAAUCAGAUCAGCAGAAGAAGGUGCUACUGCUUUAAGUGGGGGGAUGGAAGAUAAUACACAUCCUGAGAAAGCAAUGCCUGAUCCUGAUAAGAAAGUAAAUCGGAGGUCCUUUUCGAGGCGUAGAGGUAGGAAGCGCAGAACUAAUCGGAAAACCAAGGAGAUUAAGAAAGUUCAAAAACAGAUUGCUUCACCCACUUCAAGUUUGCCUGUAGUUUUGCCAGCGGAUUCUCCGGAUGACCCUACGAAAGACCAGAUUAAGACUGAAACCGUGCAUGCUGAUGACAUCAAUCAAAGACCCCAUCCAACUCGUAGGGGCAAGGGAUGCAGGAGAAAUCUGACUGAAGCCAGACAAGCACAAGACCCUUUAUUAAGUGUGACAACUAAAACUAUAGAUGAUCAAAGUAUAAAAAAUGAAACAAGUCCUUCGAAAAAAAAUUGGCGGUCUCUUCCAAGGCGUAAAAGAUUGUGGAAUACAGAUGCCAAUCUGAAACGGUCUUUGAGAUCAGAUGCUGUAAAGAACCAUGAGGAAACUACAGUGAAUGUACAGCACAAUGAAACAAAACAAAUGUUGUCUAGCUCACACAAGAGGAAGAUGGAGGGAUUUAAUUUGAGGGAACGUUAUGGUUUAAAGACCAUAAUCACAAACUGUGGUAGAGUUUUUGUUCCGCAUGGUUCAGAUGUUGACGUAGAGUCUACAAAAAAGGAAAAAAUGCAUGUUGAGAUGAGCAUUGACACAAAUGCAGAAAUGAUUUCUCCUGUGGAGAAAGAAGUAGUGGAAAUUAAGGGAGAAUCUCCCUCGACGGGUAAAGAAGAAUUGCCCUCAAAAGAUCCACUGGUCAAUGACAAUGAAGACUCGGACAGCCCUUCAGAAGACAUGCCAAGUGCUCUCUUGUCGGCACUAAGGAUAUUGAGAAAACUUAACAAAACCAAUCCAUCAGAAAGUGACAAAAGUCAGGAUUUCUGUCCAGAGAAGUUCAUGAAUGCCACAUCAGUCGUGGCUGUAGAUGUCCAAAAAAAUAACAAAGAUCAUCCUAUUGCUGUUCAAGCAGAUGCAACUUCCAAUAUUCCCGGAGUUUCUGACCAGUCCACGCAUUCGGACCAAAAAGUAUCAUCUCCUGACAAAAUCAAAAAGAAAGCAAAACGUGAUGUGUACAGUGCAAUAUCUAUAAGCAAAUUAAAGACUGUGCUAAGAAGGGGAAAGAGUAUGACAUCUCCUUCCCCUGGUGACGGUGCAAAAGCUGAACCAGAUAACACAGAGUUAGAGUCAAAAAAAGUUAAGUUGGGUGCCAUCAUGGAUCUGAAGUGUGAUAUUGCCAAAAAUGAGCUGAAAGACGAAGGAUUACAACCCAUGAAUGAUGAGGCACAACAUACCCCAAUGAAAAGUGUGGAGUUAACCCAGCAACCUGUGUCUUGGAGAGGUCUUAUUCACAAAGCAUCAAAAGAAAACGGGUCCCUCAAUUUUGACACAUCAGCACCUUUUGAAAUAGCUAAGCACACUGACCAGCAAGUCAUGUCUUCGCUUAUUGGGGAUAGGGUGGGAAGGAGAAGAAUUAGCACUGAUUGCAAAGCCAGUGCAGAGAGAAUGAGCACGGGUGCAUCUCUGCCCCCAGAUGCUUUGAGUUUAUUGGCUGACUUGGCCCUUGGUGCAAGUAAUGAUAAAAUGUUAACAAACUUAGAAGCCAAAGCAGGCCUGGAGGCCAUUGAUGGAGUGAAUGCUAGCAGCUCCCCGGAGUCAGUCCUUCAUGCACUUCUUCGUUAUCCAUCCAACAGAUUUAAAUUACCCCCCCGGUCUCCUUUCCCAGAAGGUCUUUUAGUGACUGGGGAACUGAUUUUGGAAAUAUCAAAAGAACAUUCUUACUCACAGACCACCUCUCCACUGUCAGGUUUGUUAGGUCCAUAUCCCAAGGUUUCUUUUCCAUCUGGAAGUGUAGAAUCACCUCUGUCAUUGAAAACUGGGCUUCAUCUGAACCUACCCAAAGACAGCGUGGCCUCAUGUUAUCAAGAGGAAGUGGGCAAAGCAGAAUGGAAGCAUUUGAUUUCUCCAAAUAAGCAAAUGUCGGAGAUCCUAAAGACGAAACCGCGGAGACCCCGAAUUUUACGCAACAGAAGCAUAAUUGAAAAGGAGGGAAUGAUUCAAGUGACGAGGACUUGGAAAGAGCCAUAUGAUUUUAAAUUUGACAGCAAGUUCACCAAUGAAAGUAAAGACAAAACUGUCACACGAGCACUUCAUGGGAAAUGGAACUUCAGCAUUGAAGAUACCUAUGAGGAUGUCCAUCUCAUAUUUCACAUGUGGAUUGGGCUUUUCUAUAGUAAAACCUCUUCCAGGUUAUUUCACCUUGAAAAUAGUACCGCGCUUUCAAAGGAGAAGGAGGCUGAAAUUGUUCAUUUGGACAUAAAUGCUAUACAGAAUGCCGUGUCAUUGCUCAACGUAGAUUUGACCCAGAAAGCAGACUCAGCUAAGCCUGUGCAUGUUUCAUCAGAGGUUUUGGAUCUUUCUGUGAAAAAUGAAGAGCCUGUGAAUCUUCGUUCAGUGUCAAAUCGGUGCAAAAGCAUAGACAGUGCAUCACAGCCUGGUGAAAUGUCAUCUCAGAAGCAUGAAAUGGCACCAAGGCGUUCACCUUCUGGGACAGGUCUUUCUUCCAGUCCGAAAGUCACAGCAUUGAUGAAUUAUAGAUCUGCUGUGGAUAUUCCAGUGGCAAGUUCAGUGCCUGACAGUGACAAUGGCACUGAUGAUGAAAAUUACAUCACCACUGACUGCUCAUAUUCACAGCUCUUGGAAAAGAACAGUGCUUACAACUAUUUGUGUGAGCAAGCAUCAAAUAUGAGAAUAGGUGUUCGGAUACUUCAACCAAAGGUCAAAAAUGUUUCAAAUAAUAAAGCAUCCACCAGUGUGACUAGUUCUGGUCCCCCCAAAAUUGGUGUUUUCCAUCAAAUACUUUGUCCCAUAAAACCAUCAGCAUUCUCAAAACCAAACCGUCUGAUUUUGGGUAGGAAAAGUGUGGAUCUGGGUUUAAAGAAUGAAACUGGGCAUAUGCCGCAUGUAAUACUGCAAAAGGAGAUUAUGCCUGACAGUGCAGACAGUAAAGAGGUUUUUGAAGCAAAGAGAGAAAGAAAGAAAGAUGGGAGCCCAGAAGCUGUAGUUGAUGAAAAUGUUGGCAAGACUUUAGAACUUAAAACUGGAGCAUCUGUUUUGUUGGAGGUAGAGAGUGUAUCUGUAUCUGAAGAGAGUAAAGUUCUCUCAAAGGAAGAUAGCCGGCAUGGAUGUCUGAUGAUUAUGGAAGAUGAAAAUACUGAAGAAAUCAUAACUUACGAAAUGCCUAGCCAAGAUCACACUAGUAUUGUAGAGCAUAAAGAGACUGCUCAUGCAAAGGACAAUCUGAAACCUUUAAUAGAUCUGAAAGAUCACGCAAACAUGGUUGAUGAGCUGAGAGAUGCUGCGCCACAUGAGACUGUUGAAGAGCAUAAUGAGAUGUCAAAUGCAAUGGAAGAACCGAAACCUUUACUAGAUGACACCAAUCUAUUUGACCAUGCUGAUGAGCUAAGUGAUAUUUCAUCAGACGAGACUUCUAAUGCAAAUGAAGAAUUUAAGCCUGUGCAUGAUCUGAAAGAUCAUGCAAAUAUGGCUGAUGAGCUAAAUGAUGCUUUGUCAGAAGAGACUACCAUUGAAGAGUGUAAUGAGUUUUCUAAUGCAAAAGAUCAGUCAAAUGUGGUUGAUGCAUCAUCCCAUGAGAUUAAAGGUAAUGACACUAAUGAGCUGGUGGAAGAGAAAGAAGCUCCUACAGGUGAGGAAAUGAUGCAAGAAAUUGAGAUUAAGUCAAAGGAAGAGGCAAAUCUGGAUGGCAGUGAUACUGAACGUGAGACAUCCACAGCAACGGAGGCACAUCUAGAUGAGCUUGCUUUGGGUCUACGGGAUGAUCUAAACUGUGUUAAUAUGGAAUUCAGUGAUGAGGAUUCUGCCUUCAUUGAUGAUGACCAUGACAUGAAGAUGCAAAAGAGUGAAAAACAACCUCCGACACCAGAGGAGGCAAAUCUUGAAGAUGAUGCCCUUGAAGAAUUUAGCAAAGAUUCAUGCCAGGGAGAUCAGCUCAUGUCUGUUUUAAAGAAACACACCCCAGCUGCUAAUAAUGAUACUUCUGAAGUAGUGCAUGAUGAGAGUGAAACCAUGACCAUUGAGCAGAGUAUAGUCGUCCAACAAGAAGCUCUUGACAUUUGCCAGGCUGUGUCAAAACCAACAAGUAAUGCUGAACCCACCAAAAUAGAUAUGAGUCAUUCAGAAAAUGAUGACGAAAGAGAUUUAGGCCAGCAAGAUCUACCUGAAGUCACUGGUGAGGGUGACACACUCGUUGACGAGAAUGAAACACAAAGUCAAGGUUGUUGUAAAGACCAAAUCAUAGAAACGUACAAAGAAUGCCUGUCCCCCAAAAUUUGUGCAUCAACCCCGAAUACCACAACUGACUUCAUUCGUAAUGAAGCAGUUGCUCGUCAAGCCUUGACAAUCAACAAACCCUCAGAAGCGGAGGUAAACAGUAUUUGCUCUACUCCCACUCAAGAUGAAAUUCCAUGUUAUCCAGAAAUAAACAAAGGAUUCAGGGAAGUGGAUAUGAAUAGGGACCUUUACUAUCCAGACAACACUGAUCACUCUGAUAUGUUGCCACCUAAAAGUCCUGUAAGCCCUCACCAAAAUGUUUCUACCAUGACACCAUUAUCUGACUUUACUGGACAUUAUGAAAAAAUCCACAGUGACAAUCAAAGGUGGAAGAGAAGUAAAUACCCUGGCACAAUGGAUUUUAAAGAUAAAUAUGCAUUAACUACUGAGCAUUCACCCAGUGAGGACCCUUUUGCGUUAAGGCACAGACUUUAUCCCACAUCUCAACAAAAAGAUGAUGAGACCCGUAACUUCAUAGACGGUGCAUCUCUAAAUGAUUCUGAACUCUAUUACAGAGACGAUUUGCAUGGAUAUUACCACAGAUCUGAUGAAGAUAUACCGUGGCAGGAAUAUCAAACAGAGGAAUCCAUUGAUCACCAAUCGUACCCAUGUGAAAACCACUCUGGUGGAGACAAUUUUCCACCCAGUUGCUCUAAGUAUAUCACAUAUGAACGUGAGUAUUCCUACAAGCACAAAAAACGUGCAAAGAAAGAGACUGAUGACUAUUGUUGGGCAGAAGAGAAUUAUAAAUCGGACCCUCUAUCUUUCAAAUGCCCAAUAAAGGUUACUUGUACUGCAGACUCUGAGAUGGAAAUAGACCGAAGUUCAAAGAAGAAGUCUAGAAAAAGCAAAUUCCCAGGUGACUUCAAUCAAAAUGCUGAGUGGAAUGACAAAGACUGUUCCGACAGCAUCCAAAAAAUGUCAUCCUUUGAAACGUAUCAAACAAAGCCAGCUAGGUCGGUCACAGUUGGUUCCUUUCCACAUGUUAAGCCAAGCAAGCAGCAAUUUGACUGGCGCAGGUACUUCAGAAGGGAGGCGACUUGCAGUCAGCUGUUAGAUGCGAGUGACAGAGAUGACAAAUUUGACAUUCCACUCUCGUCUAUUGUCACCAUUUUGGACAGGAAAGGAAACCGUGUUACAUUCAGUAACUCUCCCACCAUGAAACCAUCUUUUGAUGGAGGUAAUUUAACUAAAGGACUUGAAGACUCUUUUAAUGACUGGCAAGAACAACGAAGGAAGGCUAACGUGACCCGGUCUGCACUUGAUCUCGAGUACCUCAUCUUUUCUGAAAAUAUUGAAAGGGUUCUCAAAGAAACUAAGAGCUCUGCCAGUACCACAUCAAGCUGUAGGUCAAAUCCUGACCCGGCUACAUGUCCCAUGACUGUUCAGUUUUCAAAUUCCAGUGAAGUAGAGAAUUCCGUUGAACUUUGUAAAGCACAGCAAUCUCUUACAGAUUUCAAGAUUAAAGUGGACAUGUCCGACAGGACAGAGACAAGGGAAAUAGUGAGAAUCCAUAAACCUCUCCAAAGACCUUUCUGUGAAAAGAGCAAUGACGUUAAGUUCUCUGAGAUAUCAGAAAUAACAGAGCAAUGCGCUUUUACAUACAAGUCCAUGAUAAACGAUGUCUGCAGUGGGAAGACUCUCCCUCGUCCUGCUCAGACAAGAAAGAGGAAGUUUGAUCAAGAGAGUGUUAGCCAUUGUCCUAGAUUCCGCGGGCGUGUCAAGAAAGAAGUUUUUGACAAUCUGAAAUCUACUGUGAAGCAAGCAUCUAAGAUUAAGUACAGGUUCUAUAUCCUUGUCACAUCAACAGAUACCUUCUUUGAGGAAACCAAGAACCUUUUGGAGAUUGAGGGCCACAUAGCAGUUGAGCCAGAUGAGUUUGACCUCAAUGGUGACGAUCAGGCCCCUUUGCUUAUUAUACUAAGGAAUGAGGACAUUGCAGAGCACAUAUGUAAGGUACCUUAUUUGCUGGAAUUGAAGAAGUUGCCCAGCGUCCUGUUUGCUGGCAUUGACCGACCCGAUGACGUGGUGAACCUCACUCACCAAGAGCUUUUUGCUAAGGGAGGCUUUAUAGUAUGUGAUGAAUUGGCUCUCGACACACUUACUCUAGACGACAUGAAAAAAGUUGUUGGGAUCCUGGAGGAGUUAGACAAGCUAGGGAAAUGGAAAUGGUUUCUGCACUACAGAGACAGUCGCAGACUUCGGGAAAAUGCAAGGUCCAGUCUUGAGGGAAGUAGGAAGCAGCAGUUUAUUGAUUGCUGUCAGAAAGCUGGCAUAGUCGAGGUCUUGCCCUAUCAUGACUGUGAUGUCAUGUCACGGGACCGACCCGACUACCUUUUCUGUUUGACUAGACUCCAGAUCCAGAAUGCCUCUGUUCGGUUUCCUGUGUUUAUUACAGACACGCCAACUGAAUCUUUUGGAACAAAUGGAAUUUUAACAAUGAACAUUUACACAUUUUCACGGAUUCUUUCAAAUGAUACUUGUUCUGUGUCAUAAAUGUUUUUUGUUAUUAUUAUUCAAAAUCCAAUAUCUUACCAUUGGUAAGUAAAACUGUGUUCAUAGAAAUAAUUUAUUGGUUAUCAUAAAUGUUAAAGCACAUAUAUUUGUUACUCAUAUGUAAGUGUUUACAAUACAAGUUUUCUGCUGACAGCAUUACGGUUUAUAAUACAAUGAAAAUGUACAAAUGUAGGUCAUAAAAAUGUUUUAGUAUGUUUUAACCUGACAUUGUUUUUUAUAGAUGAAAAUGUAUUAAAACUCUAAUAAAUGAGCUGAUUUAG